AUGUCCACACAAGCAGGUUCAGUUCUCUUCCUACUAGCUAUACUCAUUACUACCUGUUUUGCAAGCUCCCAAAAUAGUCAGAAAAUUCUCCUCCCAGCAUCAGAAGAUACCAUAUCCCAUAUCCCUGGAAGCCUGUCUGAAUGCAGCUUUGAUGGUGAAUUCGGGGUAACAUGGUUUCCCCGAUGCCAAUUUGGUGGUCUCACGGGUGGCUCGGUAACAGGUUGGCCUAAAAAGGGCGGCUACUAUACCCAUCUCUGCUCCAUAGCUGAACUCGAGUUCCUUGGCCUCGACCGGUUCAAGCCCGCGAACAGUUCAGGCGACCCUGAUGAGGAAGAGGCUCACUGCGCUAGGAUGCGCCAGCUAGGGGCAACAUGGGUCAAAGACCUCGAUAGCGAAAUCGAAAAACAGUGGAAGUAUGAUUUACCAGAUUCUCCACGGUUGUAUGCUGGGUGGCCGGCCGACGGCGGUGUCUGGGUCUUAUACACUACCUUUUCCCAGACCAAGAGAAAAGGUCUGGGAAGGAUUGGUAACGCAUUGACGAUGGAAGAGCGCUGGAAAUUAAUCAAAGAACUUGGGGGCACGUUCUACGCGAAACCUAAGGACUGCCCUUAUCUUGAUCUUGACGGCUUGGAGGAUAAGGGGAACAAAUGA